UCAGACAUAGACUAAUAUUUCUCAAAUUUUCUAAAAAUAAAAAAAUCAUAACAAAUAAGCAUUUCACCCUCACCCUCCUUAAAUAAGUUAAAAGUUCAUUAAUAUUAACAUUCUGUCCCUAAUAGAGACAUUUGAAGUUAAGAGCGCUGUGUAUGGCAGGUGGUUCCAUUUGUAUGGUACAUGGCCAUCGCCACUUUGCCAGCAGGAAUACUUGGUACAGUAAUAAUCCCUCUCUUUCCUUAACAGAUUUAAAUAAAAUUACUUCACAGUUCACAGUUCACAGUAUACUUACAUUUUUCUGAUUCUAGAAAUUGGGUGUUGGAUGUAUGCAAGUGAGAGACAAACAGCUCGUUUAAGACUGGCAUUCCUACAAUCAGUACUUCGCCAGGAAGUUGGUGCUUUUGACACAGAUCUCACCACUGCCAAAGUAAUCACUAGUAUUACUUCCCACAUCAGCAUUAUUCAGGACGCCAUUGGAGAAAAGCUGGGGCAUUUUCUGUCGAGUUUGGCGGCUUUCAUCAGUGGAGUAGUGAUUGCCUCCAUAAGCUGUUGGGAAGUUUCAUUGCUCACUUUGUUGAUUGCUCCAUUGAUUCUGGUGAUUGGAGCUACUUAUACCAACAGGAUGACUGCCAUUUCCUCUCUCAAGAUGGCUUACCAAUCCCAAGCUACUUCCUUGGUGGAGCAGUCAAUAUCUCAAAUCCGAGCAGUGUAUGCAUUUGUCGGGGAGAGAGGUAGCAUGAAGGCGUUUUCAGAGCAGUGCGAGAAGCUGGUUGUGAUGAGCAAGCAAGAGGCAUUGGUUAAGGGAGUGGGCAUAGGAAUGUUUCAAACUGUGACCUUCGGCUGUUGGAGUCUCAUUGUAUGGAUUGGAGCCGUUGUGGUAACUGCGGGAAGGGCCAGUGGAGGGGAUAUCAUAGCUGCCGUUAUGAGCAUUCUCUUUGGAGCAAUCUCGCUGACUUACGCUGCACCAGAUAUGCAAAUAUUCAACCAGGCAAAGGCAGCAGGGAAGGAAGUUUUCCAAGUCAUUCAAAGGAAGCCACCUGCAAUUGACGGUUCAGGAGAGAAGACAUUGGAAAAUAUUGAAGGCAACAUUGAAAUACGAGAAGUACACUUUGCUUACCCAUCUCGUCCUCAGAAACUCAUCCUUCAAGGCUUCUCUUUGUCCAUUCCAGCAGGGCAGAACAUUGCCUUGGUCGGUAGCAGUGGGUGCGGAAAGAGUACCGUCAUCUCCCUCGUCACUAGAUUCUACGACCCUCUUCGGGGUAUGCCUCACCAGCCUUUUCGCUUUUCUUCUCUAUCUCUUUUAUUUUUCAAGUCUUCUGACAGUUUUGCAAAUUAUUCAGGUGACAUCUUCGUCGAUCAUCGAAACAUCAAGGAUUUGAAUCUGAAAUUCCUGAGGAAAAACAUAGGAACAGUUUCACAAGAACCUGCACUUUUUUCUGGCACCAUCAAGGAUAACAUCAAGAUGGGAAAUAUGGAUGCAGAUGACCAACAGAUAGAAAAUGCAGCAGUGAUGGCAAAUGCACAUUCUUUUAUAUCUAACCUUCCAGAAAAGUACUUAACAGAGGUUGGACAAGGGGGAAUCCAACUAUCAGGGGGUCAAAAGCAAAGAAUAGCUAUUGCAAGAGCCAUUCUCAAAAACCCACGAAUUCUUUUACUGGAUGAGGCCACAAGUGCAUUAGAUUCAGAGUCUGAGAAGUUGGUUCAGGAUGCCCUUGAAAAGGCCAUAGUUGGGAGGACAGUCAUUGUAAUCGCCCAUAGAAUGUCAACUAUUGUUGGUGCAGAUAUGAUUGCGAUCAUAGAAAAUGGAAGAGUUUCAGAAACAGGAACACACCAAAGCUUGCUCGAAACAAGCAGAUUCUAUAGCAACUUAUUUGGCAUGCAUAAUAUCAGACCAGUUCAAGACUCAAGCAAUCCAAAUUCGUCUUCAGAAUCAGGGAGUACCCAUCAGGAAGCUUCAUCUCGUGACCUUGAUCAAGACCAUAAACUUAAGGAGCCCAUAAAUUCUGAAAUAAAUUCUUUGGACCAAGAAGAGAGUGCGAGAUCAAAAGAAAUAUUCUUUAGAAUCUGGUUUGGCUUGAGCAAAAUAGAGAUUAUGAAGACUGCUUUUGGAUCCUUUGCAGCAGCUUUGUCUGGCAUUUCAAAGCCUAUCUUUGGAUUCUUUAUCAUAACAAUUGGGGUAGCCUACUAUCACACAAACGCAAAGCACAAAGUUGGAUUAUACACCCUCAUUUUCUCUAUGGUGGGAUUACUAUCACUUUUUACGCACACCUUGCAACACUAUUUCUUUGGUGUAGUGGGAGAGAAAGCAAUGAAAAACCUCAGAGAAGCUCUCUAUUCAGCUGUACUACGCAACGAAGUAGCUUGGUUUGACAAACCUGAAAACAAUGUUGGUUCACUAACAUCACAAAUAAUGAACACCACCUCCAUGAUAAAAACCAUAAUAGCUGAUCGUAUGUCUGUUAUUGUACAAUGCAUCUCCUCCAUUCUAAUCGCCACCACUGUCAGCUUGAUCGUCAACUGGAGAAUGGCUCUGGUUGCUUGGGCUGUCAUGCCUUUCCACUUCAUUGGUGGCCUAAUACAAGCCAAGUCUGCCAGAGGAUUUUCAGGAGAUUCUGCUGCUGCUCAUCAUGAACUAGUUUCAUUGGCCUCCGAGUCAGCAACCAACAUAAGAACUAUUGCAUCYUUCUGCCAUGAAGAACAAAUAAUGAAGAGAGCCAGAAUGUCAUUAGAAGAACCAAAGAGGAAAAGCAAGAGAGAGAGCAUUAAGUAUGGAGUCAUUCAUGGCAUGUCCCUUUGCUUAUGGAACAUUGCCCAUGCCAUUGCUUUGUGGUACACGACAAUUUUGGUUCACAAAAGACAAGCCUCCUUUGAAGAUGGCAUAAGAUCAUACCAGAUUUUCUCUCUCACAGUACCCUCAAUCACUGAAUUGUGGACAUUGAUUCCAACAGUCAUUUCAGCCAUUGGCAUACUAACUCCCGCAUUCCAUACACUUGAUCGGAGAACUCUUAUUGAACCAGAAACACCGAAAAGUUCACAGAUGGAGAAAAUUGAAGGGAGAAUUGAUUUUCAAAGGGUAAAAUUUAGAUACCCAUCAAGGCCAGAAGUUGUCGUUCUUACCAACUUCAGCUUACAAAUCAAAGCAGGAUCAAGGAUGGCUCUUAUUGGACCAAGUGGAGCUGGAAAGUCAUCCGUUUUGGCACUUCUGCUGAGGUUCUAUGAUCCUGAAGAAGGCAAUAUCCUUAUUGAUGGGAAGAAUAUAAAAGAAUAUAAUCUAAGAAUAUUGAGGACACAGAUAGGGUUUGUGCAACAAGAGCCGGUUCUGUUUAGUUCCUCAAUCAGAUAUAAUAUUUGCUAUGGGAGUGAGCAGGUCUCUGAAACUGAACUUUUAAAGGUGUCAAAAGAAGCUAACGUACAUGAAUUUGUCAGUACUUUGCCUGAUGGAUAUGAUACACUAGUUGGAGAGAAAGGUUGCCAACUGUCAGGAGGACAAAAGCAGAGAAUAGCUAUUGCUAGAACACUUUUGAAGAAGCCAGCAAUGUUGCUCCUAGAUGAACCAACAAGCGCAUUAGAUGCUGAAUCUGAAAGAACUUUAGUGAGUGCUUUAGAGUCAAUAAAUGAGAAUAAUGGCUUCAGAACUACCCAGAUUACAGUUGCCCACAGGCUCUCUACCGUGACAAACUCAGAUGUUAUCAUAGUCAUGGAUAAAGGUGAAAUUGUGGAGAUAGGUUCGCAUACCACCUUGUUAACAACUCCUGAUGGAGUGUACUCGAAACUCUUCAAGAUACAGAGCCUCGCUGAUGAUUAAUAUCUUCAAUCAUUCCAGGUAGGAUC